AUGAAGUUUAUAUUAAUGUUAAUAAUUCUAUUUGUAAAUAAUUCUGCCAGAGCAGCUAUCGAUUACGAUUUAUAUUGCAACAAACUUUCUUGCAAAGAUAAAGGAAAAAAUACAGUUUGUUUGAGAAAAGAUGAAAAAUGUGAGCCAGUCAAAACAUGCGCAAAAUUUCCAAUGACUGGCGAUCACCGUGAGGCAGUAAGGACCAUACAUAACGAACUAAGGAAUAAAUUUGCAGGCGGAAAAGAUAAUGAAACGAGCAAAACAGCCUCAAAUAUGAUGGUUAUAAAUUAUGACAUAGCAUUGGAAGAAGUUAUGAGGUGUUAUAUACAUUCAUGUAUAUUUGAUCAUGACAAAUGUCGAAUAACUGAAAAAUUUGAUAGUGUUGGUCAAAAUUUAUAUUAUGCAGAAAACAGUAACCCCAAGUGGGAUAUGAAAGACGUUAUUAAAAGCGCAGCUAAUAGCUGGUACUCAGAAAUAAAAGAUGUGACUUCUGAUCAAUACGAUGGAUUUCAUUCAUCAAGUGGACCGGCAAUAGGGCAUUUCACUCAAAUGGUAUGGGCGAAAACCGAAUUUAUUGGUUGCGCGGCCAGUACAUCUACAGAUAAGAAAAAAUUAUAUUUUGGGUGCAAUUAUGGACCUGCAGGAAACGUCCUUCAAACGCCCAUUCUAAAGUGGGGUCCACCAUGUUCCGAGUCCCUAGAUUACGAAUUAUAUUGCAACGAACUUUAUUGCGACGAAGAAAAAAAUACGGUCUGCUUAAGAAAAUAUGAUCAAUGUGAGCCAAGGCAAAAUUGCGAAAACCUGCCAAUGUCCGCUGAAACCCGAGAAGAAGUAAGGACGCAACAUAACGAAUUUAGGAAUAAAUUUGCAGGCGGAAAAGACGAUGAAAUGACCAAUACAACGUCAAAUAUGAUGGUUAUAAAUUAUGACAUGGAAUUGGAAGAAGUUGUAAGGUGUCACAUAAAUACAUGUAUAUGGGGUCAUGACAAAUGUCGACGUACCGAAAAAUUUGAAAGGCCCGGUCAAAAUUUAUAUCAAAAGACUGGAGGUGACAACGAUCUAAAAGUUGUCAUUAAAUCCGCAGUUAAACGCUGGUACCAAGAGAUAAAAUAUAUGACCCCCAAUCAAUACGACAGCUUUUAUCCACCGAAAACAGCAUCAACAAAACAACAGAUUGGCCAUUUCACUCAGUUGGUAUGGGCAAAAACUGAAUUCGUUGGUUGUGCGGCGAGUAAGUCAUCAGAUGGGUCGGAAUUAUAUUUUGGGUGCAAUUAUGGGCCUGGAGGAAACGUCCUUGACACGUCAAUUUUAAAGUGGGGUCCGCCAUGUUCUGUAUGCAAAAAUGGUCUUAAAUGCAACGAGAAGUACGAAUCUCUUUGUGGUGUCCUCCUCGCUAUUCCGGACUCAGCAAAACUCGAUUACGAUUUGUUUUGCAAGGAACUAUCAUGCAAAGAUGAGAAAAACACGGUUUGUCUGAGAAAAGAUGAGAAAUGCCAAUCGACUAAAAAUUGCGAUAAUGUGCCAUUGACUCCUGACCACCGUCAAUUAAUAGUAGACUUACAUAACGAAUACAGAAAUAAAUUUGCUGGUGGAAAAGACUCCCAGAAGACAACUUCAAAUAUGAUGGUUAUAAAUUAUGACAUGGAAUUGGAGGAAGUUCACACGUGUCAUUUAAAUACAUGUACCAUGGGUCAUGACAAGUGCCGUAAGGUGAAAAGAUUUAAUUGUGGUCAAAACUUAUAUUUUCGACGAGAUGAACAUUACGAAGUAGAUAACAUAAUGAAAACCGCAAUGAGAGUCUGGUACGCAGAAAAAGUAAAUAUGACUCCUGAAGUAUACGAGGGAUAUCAUGAUAAUGGAAAAGAGGUCGGACAUUUCACUGCAUUAGUGUGGGCUAAAUCGAGCCUUAUUGGGUGCGCUCUCAAUUUAAAAACGGACAUCCCCGAUUAUAAGUAUGAAAUAUAUUUCGGAUGUAACUAUGGGACUGCAGGCAACGUAUUUCAAAAGCCCGUCGUUAAUUGGGGACCACCAUGUUCUGCGUGUGAAGAGAAUCUUAAAUGCAACUCCAAGUACGAAUCUCUUUGCGGGGUCCUGCUCGCUAUCCCAGGCGCGGCGUCCCAAGGUCGACCCACAGAACUCGAUUACGAUUUAUUUUGCAAGGAACUAUCAUGCAAAGAUGUAAAAAACACGGUUUGUCUGAGAAAAGAUGAGAAAUGCCAGUCGACUAAAAAUUGCGAUAAUGUGCCAUUGUCUGCUGACCACCGUCAAACAAUAGUAGACUUGCAUAACGAAUACAGAAAUAAGUUUGCUGGUGGAAAGGACUCCCAGAAGACAACUUCAAAUAUGAAUGUUAUAAAUUAUGACAUGGAAUUGGAGGAAGUUCACACCACACAACGCGGUCUUUACGUUUUCGUUGAUUUUGGCAUUCUGGUGGACAAUAUAGGCGCAAAUAUUUAUCGUAAAACGUCGGUAUUAGCGAUCGUGGCCGAUUGUAAGUGUCAUUUAAAUACAUGUACCAUGGGUCAUGACAAGUGUCGCAAGGUGAAAAGAUUUAAUUGUGGUCAAAAUUUAUAUUUUCGACGAGAUGAACACUACGAAGUAGAUAACAUAAUGAAAACCGCAAUGAGAGUCUGGUAUGCAGAGAAAGUAAAUAUGACUCCUGAUAUAUACGAGGGAUAUUACGAUAGUGGAAGAGAUGUCGGACAUUUCACUGCAUUAGUGUGGGCUAAAUCGAGCCUUAUUGGGUGCGCUCUCAAUUUAAAAACGGACAUACCCGAUUAUAAGUAUGAAAUAUAUUUCGGAUGCAAUUAUGGCACUGCAGGCAACGUAUUUCAAAAGCCCGUCGUUAAUUGGGGACCACCAUGUUCUGCGUGUGAAGAGAAUCUUAAAUGCAACACCAAGUACGAAUCUCUUUGCGGGGUCUUGCUCGCUAUUCCAGGCGCGGCGUCCCAACGUCGACCGACUGUUGUAGUGGUUGGCGCAAAAUCACAAGGGAGUUGUGCUUGCGAUUUAAUGAAAUGCCUGAAAGUUGAAAAAUGCGAUGAGGGAGAAAAAAAAGUCCCUUACGGACCUUGCAAUUGCUGUCACAUGUGUGUUCCAGAAUAUACAGAUGACGUUGACCCCUUAAAUGGAUGUACCCAAGAAGUUUGCGAAAAAGUCAAGUGCCUAAAGAAUUCAAAUUGUGCUAAAGAUGAAGUUAGAAGUGUGUAUGGACCUUGCAAAUGCUGUGCUAUAUGCAUCCCAGCAAGCUUAGGUAUUUGA